AUGUACGAUACACCGGCGAAAUUCAAUCACCUAGUGAUUGCCGCCGAUACAAAUCCUGGUAAAAUGCGUCCAUCUUUCAUCUUCCUCGCAUUGGCUGCUACCUUGGUGGUCGCUCGACCUGUCGAAGACACAUCCAAGGAUCUGUCCCUUCGGGGGAUCGACACCGUCGAUAGCAUCGAUAUCGCCGAUGACUUUAAUGACCUAUUUUCUCGGGACAUCGACGGCACUGACGAUAUCGAUGCUGAAGACCGGCGCAGGUUGAGGCACGCUGUCAGAAGGCUCAUCCACGCAUUGAAGCACCUGUUGCAUGGUCACAGGGGCCACCAUGGACAUGGACAUGGCGGCCCAGCUGAGCCCAGUGCUCCUGCUACACCCCCCGAUGCUCCAGCGCCAGAUGCGCCAGCCGCUCCUGACGCUCCUGCCGCACCCGCUGACCCCGCUGCCCCAGCUGAUCCUGCCGCUCCUGAUCCUGCCGCUGGGGCUACCGACCCAGCCGCCGCUCCGGCUUCCUAG